AUGUCAACAAAAGAGAAAUACGCAUGUAUUGAAGCUCUAUUCUCCUCAGCCAACGCUUCCCAAUCUACCCUUGCCGAUUCCAUAAUAGAUCUCUGGGAAAAGGGCAUUACCCCCGCACACAUCUACGAACCGAAUCCAGUUUACAACACCGACGAAGAACUCAUCAGGACGACAUAUCACCAAAUCCUAGAUCAACGGGACAACAUUUACAUCGCAAAGAAAAGCUGCGAAAACCUCCACGAACCAAUCUGGCAACAUCUUCCCAUAUCCAAGAACAAAACCCUUAAAAUCGCCUCGACGAUUGCACAGACAAGAUAUUAUCUCUCCCACGACCCAGGCACUCCGAUCUUUUCCUACAACCCUCGACCAUCCCUCCCGCCUGGACACCCGUCCAAUUUUACAUACUGCAGCACCGUCCCUUACCCGCCAUCGCAUGAACUCGCCCGUCUAGAAGCCGUAACAUCCACUGUCCUCGCACAGCUGUCAACCCUGCUCGCCUUCGACAUUUCAAACCCGACCACACUCCCAGACGGAUUCACCAACGUCCUCAAUGAAACGGAAUUUUUUGACCCCAUCUUCGUCAAACAGCUCCAUGUGCUCUGGCUGCAAAGAUUUCCAGACCGCAGCAAGUAUCCCUCGGCAUUCUCUCACGCAGUCAUGAGCAGCCCCGCGGUGAGAGAGUUUGCAUGGCUUCUCAUGAGACUGAACAGCACAGAGACGCCGGAUUUUCAAUCAAUCAAUAAGGAACUAUGUCCCGUAGCGGAUAUGCUCACAUUCGACCGAGAGCCAAACAGCUCCAUUACAGUGGCGAUGGUAGGGAUAAUGAAGCUCUACCUCCGCGAUGAAGGCAUGAAAGCAAGACGGCUCCUCUUUGAAGAAGAACAGUACGAAAAUGUAUUGGUGUAUCGAGGAGAUACGCUCUUCAUAUCCUCCCUCGACGCCCACUACGCAUCCUACGCAGGCCAAUUCGUGUCCUCGACGGCCCUCUUCCACCCGGACGCGAUAAUAACCCAGGGGGCAUCCCUCGAACCGGUCCAAAUCGGCGAAGACGUCCUCGCAGCGGCCCGCCGUAUCCAACAGCAUCUACACCGCGACACUCCCACUCCCACCACCCCCGACCAGAAGCCUUCAACACCACAACCACCACCACCACCUCCUCCUCCUCCCCGCGAAAAGCUGGUCGUACCGCCCUCUAAACUAAAGCGAAAACCAAAAGAAACGCGGCCCCGCCGAAUACCCCGAAAACGUCACCGUCCUUAA